AUGGCCAAGCCCCCGUCGAAGGUGCACCUCACAUCGCACCCCAUUUACCUUGAUAUUUCUGGGCCCUCGCUGUAUCAGGACGAGAACCAUCGCACAUGGCUGCAUCUCGUCAUGGAGACAGGAGGUGACCUGCAAAUACGUUUGUGCCAGGUAAACAUCCCCAGUGGUUAUAUCUCACUCACCACCAGCCAGCUGACCUCGAUCACCAUGCCUUCGUGGUGGACGCUCCACCUUGGCAUCCAGUAUCGGGACUCCAUGGGCCGGUUCUGGCGCAUCGUGCACCACGUGAAGGAGGAUGACACUGAGGAAAUGAUCCUUGAGCUGAUGGAAGACUCAUUGGACAUGUGA